GCACUCUCACCUUCCUCUCGUCACCUCCUACAUCCAGAAGACAGUGUCUUAUAGCUUCAACUCGCUCAAAUUAUCCAUACCCAACGAGAUGCUGCCUGUAGAGUUGGUACUCACGCUAUUUGCGACACUUGCUACGGUACAGUGCAUGGCGAGCAAGCCAGCCUUUCACUACGCCAUCGAACUACAAUCUUGCGAGUCUACUCCCAGUAUGAACGCAACCGUCACCGAUUCUUGUGUCGCUCUCUGUCAGCCAGUCCAGGAUGCACGACAAUUGUGCAAUGGUGCUCCAGACUGUACAUGCGACAAGGCACCGCCGCAGAGUGUCCAGACGUGCUUGCAGUGUCAUAUAGAUGCCAGGCCAGACCUCAUGUCUCGACGGGAAGCCAUUCUGGAUAUUCCAUCUCGGGUCGCGAGAUAUUCAUUUGUAUGCAACGCACUUUCACCUUCCGAGUCCCCCACCAAUGCGCCACCGCUAUCAUCAACAUCCGACCAUCCCGCUGUUCAAGUGUCCGAGCUGGAUGAGCUGUGCGUGUAUGGGUUGCCUGAUAUCGUUAUACCCCAACCGUCCACAUUUGGUACCGCCGUCUUUGAAAAAUUGCGGAAUCCAUGGCUCACGCUCAUCUUCGUCGCGAUGAUUAUUAUCUUUCUUGCCCAGUCUUAUGAGAAGUUUUCAUGAAUGCAUUCACUCGUUUCGGUAUAGUUUCUAGCAUGCUCCUCACUCUCACUUUCAUUCUGCCUCUGUAGCUUUUAGAACACUGUACGGAUAAUUACUGUUAACUUUACCUUAAUCGUUUUUCCAUUUAAGUCAUCCACCGACACGCACCUAUGAACCU